GUGGGAUGCCUGCUGAUCCCUAGGCGAAAACAGGGCGUCCGUUUCGGGUCAUGUAUGUGGAGCUGAUAUUUAGGCACCUUCAAUUAAAGCUAACCUGAGUGAACCUUCAAAUACAUUCAUGCCAGAUCUUGAUAUAUCUUUGAUAUCUUGACAACUUCCAAUAAGAUGAUGAUGGCAGCCAAACUACCAGCAAGACUCCAUGACCAGCAUGUCAUGCCCACCUCCUAUCAAGACAACACAAAGGAGUUGUGGACUGAAAUAUGGAAUACCCUCAUGGGCUACAUUGAUGCUGAAGAUUCUCCAAACAAAUUGCAUCAGAAGGACAUCCUUGUUGACCUGAUGUCAGUGUUCCUGUCGCGGGUGCCGCACGACAGCAAGUUCUACCUGGCGGCCACGCCGGCCGUGCUGCGCGCCUCGGCCGAGCAGGCCUCCUUCCGCCCCCUGCCGGCGGCGCAAGCGUUCGAGGCGCUGCACGAGUACGCCAUCCGCAUCCUGGCGCAGCCCUGGCGCUCCGAGUUCACCACCAUCAAUAUGUACUCGGGCUACUACGUGCACACGGUGCAGUCGCGCCUGCUGGAGGCGCACCGCCUCCUGGAGGAGAUGGGCUUCCACGUGGACCUGUCCACGCUCACGGCGCGCCUGGUGGAGCCGGUGGAUGUGGACCAGGUGACCAAAGCGGCCAUCGACACUCUCAUGGCCAGCGUCGAGUGCCGGCUCAUCGAGCGAAUUCUGGAGUCGCUACCGCCGGGCGCCUUCACACCGCGCGGCGUGCUCUGCUACCGGAGUGCGUACGUGGGCGGCGUGGAGUCGGCCAUCCGGCACCUGACGGUGUCGCUCCGGCAGCGCUCCUUCCAGCACUACUUCUCGCCGCCGGGCGAGGAGGCCGGCGCGGCGCCGGCCGGCGGCGCCUUCCCGUGGCAGCCGGUGCCGCCGGCGCCGCCGCCGGCGCUGCCGCCCGUGCCGACGGCGCGGCUGGUGGACGUCGGCGAGCGGGACGGCUGCGUGUGGAUCCCGAAGACGAUCCGCCACCAGUCGCGGCCGGCCGCCGAGCAGCGGCCGGCGCCGGCCGCCGCGCCGCCGCCCGCUGCCGCCAUGCUGCCGGCCACGCUCGAUGAGCACCAACUGGCCAGCUGGGACCUGGUGGACCGGAACGCGGUGCCUGCGCGCGCGCGCCCGCCUUCCGAGUCGCUGGACGACUCCUGGGGCUACGUGCUGCAGAGUCUAGACCGGCGCCGACCGGCGUCCGGCCGAUACGACAACGUGCCGGAGCAGGAGCCGGCAGGCAGAGGGCAGGCGCCGCGUGCCGCCGCGCAGGUCGCCGAGCGGCGCGUUCCGGCGGCCCGGCCGCGUGGCCGGGCCGAGACGCGACAUUACGGCGAAACGGACCAGCGCAAUCCGUUCGACUCCCGCUCGCACCUGUCGUCUAGCCUGUACCACAACGGCGCGUCGCCGGGGCGCGACGUUCGCGACGCGCGCGACGUGCGCCAGCAGACCGCUGAGAGCAGGGGUGGCCCCCCGUCUCGUGGCGCGUCGCUGACGCUCGAGCAUGCCGCGGCGCCGCCGGCCGACGCCGAGCAGUGGGCCUGCCACGCGUGCACCUACCUGAACCCGGCGGCGGUGCGCGUGUGCACCAUGUGCGGCAAGACGCGCCAGCCGUGCACGCUGCUGAACAGCCGGCGUGCGAGGAAGUGUGGCGCCUGCGACGCCGAACUGAAGUAG